AUGUCUACUCCCUACUCCCUACACCCUACUGUCUACUACCUACUCCAUACUCCCUACUGUCUACUACCUACUCCAUACUCCCUACUGUCUACUCCCUACUCCCUACUGUCUACUCCCUACUCCCUACACCCUACUGUCUACUACCUACUCCAUACACCCUACUGUCUAGUCCCCACUCUAUACUCCAUACUCCCUACACCCUACUCCCUACUCCCUACACCCUACUCCAUACUCCCUACUCCCUACACCCUACUCCCUACACCUUACUGUCUACUCCAUACACCCUACUCCAUACUCCCUACUCCAUACUCUCUACACCCUACUCCCUACUGUCUAUUCCAUACUCCAUACUCCCUACACCCUACACCCUACUCCCUACACCCUACUGUCUACUACCUACUGCAUACUCCCUACUGUCUACUCCCUACUCCCUACACCCUACUGUCUACUACCUACUCCAUACUCCCUACUGUCUACUCCCUACUCCCUACUUCCUACUCCAUACUCCCUAAACCCUACUCCAUACCCCAUACUCCCUACACCCUACUGUCUACUCCCUACUCCAUACACCCUACUCCCUACUGUCUACUCCCUACUCCCUACUCCCUACACCCUACUGUCUACUGUCUACUCCCUACUCCAUACUCCCUACACCCUACUGUCUACUCCCUACUCCAUACACCCUACUCCAUACCCCAUACUCCCUACACCCUACUGUCUACUCCCUACUCCAUACACCCUACUCCCUACUGUCUACUCCCUACUCCCUACACCCUACACCCUACUCCCCACUGUCUACUCCUUACUCCCUACUGUCUACACCCUAAAAUUUAA